AUGCCUACAGAUCUAACAUUGAAGUUUUAUGACCAGUCUGAAUAGCUGAGCUCCUCGCUUCGCAAACUCCAGACUUCAUCUGCCUUGUAUUUCAUUCCAUGUCAUGGAAAUCAGACGGAGGCGCAGUCUGGCCCAGGAGACUCUCAUGACAUAUGGAAUCGAGGCAGGCGGGCCCCAUGGCCUGCUGAUCACCACUGAAGAUACCCUAGUUCAGUUCUCGCGGGCAAAGCCCAUUCGGCAGACGUUCUUACUUGUCCGUCCAUGGGAUCGGUAUCUCCUCGGGGUACCUGACUUUUCAGAUGACACGGAGAGCACGGAAGGUUGGACAGAGCCUGGGUCCCUGACGGAUGAAUCUGACGAGUCACCCAGUGGUUCACUCAUUGGCGUUGCAGUUGCUGGUUCGCCUGAAACAGCCUUUCGACGCAUUUUUGCUAGCGCAGUAGGGUGCAUGCUCCGAGUCAACAAUAUUACUUUUAAAUACAAAUCCCAUCUAUCCACUGAUGGGCCCAGCCCGCCAUUGCGCCUCAACCAACACUCACCUGAUGAAGAGAAUCACUUCCGAGCUUCCUACGCUAGUCGAACCAGAGCUUAAUGGACGACAAGAAAAACUAGGUAUUCUCAGAUAAAUCCAAACAUCCAAAUUGCUCAAGCUGGUACUACAAUCAUUUAUGCAAACUCAAUUGUACUGGUUGGCUCCGAACUAGGUAUUGCAUCAUCGGCCUUGAUGCCAGCGCGA